AUGACAAGCAAAAAACAACUGAAAUAUAGCAAAAAGUUAGGCAAAAUUAAGCUUACCUUAGUUUUGCAAGUCUUUGUUGACAGGAAUGACAGUAUGAUCUCAGUUUCCAUACUUAUAAAGAUCAUGUAUACCAUCAAUUUGUUGUUUGAGUUGAAGAAGAAAGCAGACAAGAAUAAAACAGAAUUUAAGCUGCCAAAUGUUGGGACUCUGCUUAAUUAUCAACAUAAUAAGUUCAACAAGAUUUUUCUGUUCCCUACAACUAUUAAGAAGGUUAUGAUCAAAGCAACUUCCAAUUUAAAUUCAGGAAUUACUGGCCAAGUGAAGACUGCAGACUGCCACUUUAACUUACCUUUCAACCACUUGCAUCUUCUUUUGGCAAACCCUAAAAAAGCAUCAUAUCUUUCAGCUAUUCCAGAUUAUACUGAAAAUCAGUGUCUUUCUAUUCAACAAGAUGAAAAAUGGAAAAGAGACCCUUUGUUUCAACGUCUUUUUAUUCAAACAAAUGACAGCAACUUUUGGAUUGGAGAGACAACAUUGCUCUCUUUGAUGGUUACCUUGUUGAACAGGGCUCUGACAGUGAAGGUUACCUCUAGCAUAAGAUACAAAGCUUUCCUGUCAUGUAUGAAGUUAAAUGUCUGGAUCCUGUUUGGCUCCCCCCAAUAUUCUUUAGCCGUCCCAAGAAUUGGGUUCUCUCUGACUAUUAUUGCCUCACUUGCCAUAUUUUCUGAUGAUACCUCUGGGAAUCUGACAAAAACACAUGGCAUGUAUGACAGUGUGCUGGUCAACUUCUCUGAGAUGUCAUACCACAUGAGAAACAGGCGCAAGAAGAAUUUUUUUGUCAUGGCUGUUUCCCAGCAAGCUGGAUUCAAGUUUACUCCAUUGAUGCGCAUUCUUGCUGUAGACUUGAAGUCCUUGGAAAAUGAUAUUGAGAUGUACUCAUUGACAUAUAACAAGACUGUCACUGUCUGUGCUCUAUUGCUCUUCAUUACAGCUGACAAUGCCCGCCAUACCAAACUUGUUAGUUUGAAGCAUGCAAUGUCUAAUUUCCUAUGUAGAAGAUGCUACCAUUACAGUUUAACAAGAUUUAGUUUCAAUGACUUCGACUCUGAUCAUCUGGUUCGCCAUUAUCAAAGAAGAACAAAGGAACAUUACAGGAUUGCAGCUACUGACCCAACUCAAAAGUCUAUGAAUAAGAUGCCUAUUCUUGCUGAUCUUUGGUAUAGUUAUACAAGUGCUAAAGAUCUACUCUGUUUGCAGUCUUUUAAUCCUGCUUUUGACACAUCUGUAGAGGUUUUACAUACUGUGACUCUUGCAGUAUAUAAAUAUCUUGUUAAUCAUUCGUUCAAGGAGGUUCUAAAAGGAAACACUACUUUACAAGUAAAGUUAUUCAAUUUGCUAGAGCAAAAAAAAGACUCUAGGGACUUUACAAGAACUUUCAGAAAGAAGUUUAGACAUAGUGAAUCAUAUCUUGGCAAGGAGUUCAAGAUUUUGAUGCAAGUCCUGCUAGCUAUUCUCAAUGCUGAAUUUGCAAACAACACAGAGGUUAGUAUAAUUGCUAAGCCUUUCACAGAACUUGGCAUUCUAUCAUCUCUUUUAUUUGUUCAAGAAGUCAACUCUGAUUUCAAUCAAUAUCUCAGCAAUGUCGAUAAUACUACUUGUCAUCUUGUCGAGUCUUUGUACAAAUAUGACAUAUAUGUCAAUACUAAGUUCAGCUUGACUCUGAAGACGCAUCUUCUGCUGCACUUGAAGGAAGAUAUCAAGAGGUUUGGUUGUGAUCUUCACUUUGAGACCAAAAAGGGGAUUUUGCAUUCAAGUUUGAAAAGCAAGAUAUGCUUAGACACAUUGCCAGUAGAAGUUCAUGGAUUGAUAGAACUACAGAUUGUUACUGGUGCCUCAGUUGCAUUUUUCUAUAAAGAUAAUGUUAGCAGACUGUUUGUUAGAAGGGUUGUAGAAAGUAAUAGUGCUUUGUGCAUUCAGCAUUACCAGCUUUUCUCACCUAACCUGAAUUUGGCAACAGUUGGCUGCCAACCAAGUGAACAUUACUGCAAUCUGGAAGAUGUCAAAAUCAAAUGCAUGUUACAUCUGACUUCAGGUGUUCAUCUUUCUUGCAUCAAUCUCCUCAAGUUUAGAUCUUAUCACUUCUUUUACAAAAAUUACUUCCGUUUUUUUUUGCUUUAA